UUUGAAUUAUUUAACGGUCGAAACUCAACAGGUUACGACAAGUGUCUCUUUGUUUACGUACAGUAAAUAUUAAUUCUAAAAAGUUUAUAUAAUUAUUUGUAAUAAUGGAUGAAUUUAAAACACCAAUUAAAAAAAAUCGCAGUCGUUUAGAAAACCCUGAGUAUUUAACUCCACUAAAAAUACCCGCGACGCCUUUUUUGAAACAAAUAGGUUACGGUUGUGGUAUCAAUGUAUUCACACUUGAAAGAUCACCAAGAGUUGGAUUCGCACGAUCCCCAUGGGCAAUAAAAAAAAGAAACGCAAAAUUAUCAACAGAUAUUAAGUACGAUAUGAGAAUCAAAUUUGAAGCUGAUAUUCUCAAGCAUUUAAAGCAUCCGAAUAUUGUUGGGUUUCGCGCUUUGACGUUGUCUCAAACAGGAAUUCCAUGUCUUGCUAUGGAAAAAUUAGAUAAAUCUUUAGGGGAUUUGAUUGAAGAAAGAGUUGAUAUGGAGGCAGAUCCAUUUAAAGCUCGUGAUAUUGAGUUUGUUGGGUUUGAAAUAGCGAAAGGGUUGGAAUAUUUGCAUCAUACUGUUAAUAUAUUGCAUGGUGAUCUCAAGAGCUACAAUAUUUUGGUCAGUAAUGAUAUGAAGACCAUUAAAAUUUGCGAUUUCGGUGUGUCUGUACCCAUGUCUAAAGACAUGGUUAUGGUCGAUGACUUUGUUUAUACUGGGACUGAAUGUUGGAAUGCUCCAGAAGUGAUAAAUGAGCAAGGGCCAAUCACAAACAAAACAGACAUGUGGGCAUACGGACUAGUACUUUGGGAAAUGAUCGCUCUAUCGCCGCCACACGUUGACGCAGAUGAAGAAUUGAGCGGUUCCAUAUUAAACAACACAAUGGAUGACUCUGUAAUCAUUGACGAAAAUACAGAUCCCAAAACCAUUGAUCUAGAUGACAGCAAUUUAAUUCCAGAUAUUAAAGUUAAUAAAAACUUAGGAACACGACCAGCACUACCAGCAAUACCGAUAGGCCCAGAGUAUGAUAAAAUACUUGAAAUAUUUAUUUUAUGUACUGAUCAAGAUUACAAAACACGUCCAAGUGCCAAAGGAGUUGUUAUGUAUUUUAAAAACUCCAUUUUUAAGUCUUCAAGUGGCGAUAAUUUGUAGUUUAACACUUAAUAUUAUUAAUACUUAACUACAGUAUAUUUUAUAAAGUUUUUUUUUUUUUUAUCAUUUACCAUGACAGUAAUUUUACAUGACAACAUUUACAAAAAAAUAGCUAUUAAUAAUAGUAUUACAAUUAUAAUCCCAAGUACUAUAAAUAUUUUAGUUUUUCUCUGAAAAUAUUAAAAAAAAAUAAUUAUUAGUAUUUUUUAUUAAUUAUUAAGGGCAUUCUCAGACAGUGCCCACUUUUUAAAAAUAUGCAAUGACUCAACUGUCAACUGUAUUAAAAUUUUAUUAAUUAAUAAAAAAAAAAUUAACACCUUAAUUGAAAAAAUGACAACGUAGAAGUAAUUUCGCCGAUAUAGAAUUUAAAAAAAAAUUAAUUGCAGUUGUUAUCAAUUAGGAGUCAAACGAAAUUUUUUGACAACGGACUCUCCUGCGUCUCUUUCACCUCCGCUGCACUUCACCUCCCUGUUUGUCCCUCAAUUAUAUUUCCAUCGCUGUUGACUAGCGGCUCAAAUUUUCUAAUGUACGAACAGAUUUCAUUAAUUGGCUCGCCAGUGUCUGUGUCAACAUAUAUUCAAAGUCCACCUCCACCCUGAUACCUCUCCACUCUUUAAUGAACUCUUUCAUCUCGUCUUUUACUUUCGCCAUACCUUCUCUGCAUUUAAAGAUAUGCUCGAGAUUCUCUUGUUCGUUUCCUCAUACCCUGCACAUCAAAUAACCUUUUUUUCCUGCCCUUACCAUGUUGCCGCACCUUAAUCUGCACCACGUCUCUUUUAUCCACGACCGUGUUUUUCUGUCCCUCUGAUAUGUCCCCUCACCCAGACACUUUUUUAGGAAUUUAAAAUUUUUUGAAAAAUUUUAGCUUACAAAAUUUGAAAAUUCAAAUUAUAAAAUUGACAUAAAAAUUCUAGUGAAAUUUACUGACAAAUUUCGUUCAACUCCUAACUGAUAUCAACUGCAAGUAAUUUUUUUUAAAUCAAUACCUCAGCAAAAUUGUUCUUUUUUCAAUUAAUGGUUUAAAUUUUGAUGCGCUGACAGUUGAGUCAUUGAAAUUUUUAAAAAAGUGAGGGCACUGUUUGAAAAUGGCCUUAAGUCAGUAAUUAUCAAAACUUACUUUACGAUUUCUGUGACGUUUUUUUUCUGCUUUCGUAAGAUCGGAACGUCCGCCUUCUACAUCAUCUGUUGCUUUACCAGCAAAAUAUUCAACGCAGUUUAAUUGCUCGCCCUAUUUAAAGUAUUAAUUAUUUUUAAUUAAUAAAAAGUAUUUUAGUUUAAAUUAUAAAAAAAUUUUACCUGUUUUUCAACGGAAAAUGCUAUUUCUAAAAACAUAUCUCUUAUUUCUUUUAUUGACUUUUCUAAUUUUAAUAUUUCAUUAUGUCUAAAUGUUAUUUCUGUAAGUUGUAAUUUUGCUAAUCUACUUUCUUCUAAUAUCUAAU